AUGGGCUCAACAUCAGUAUCAACCCUACUACCAACAUCAACCCCACCACCAACAUCAACUCUGCCUACAACAUCAGCCCCAUCACCAACAUCAACCCUACCACUAACACCAACUCUGCCUACAACAUGA